AUGCGUGUUACCUCCUCCCUAUUCCUCCUCGCCAUUGCUGCGCUGAGCCAGCAGUCCGUCCAGGCUGUCAGUGCCAAUGUGCAGGAUGCUCUUCACAAGGUUGCCAAGUACUCCGCUAACUCCGACAUUCGUCCUGGUGCAUUUAUCGUCGAGCUUGAUGGUGAGCCUGGCAGUACCAAUGUGCAGGCAAUUGCCGGCAGCGCUACUUCCAGCUUCGCGAAGACCACGUCAAAGUUCACUGUUGACAAGCAAUACAGCACCCUGUUUAACGGAUUCUCUGUCAAGACUACUGAGAACUUUGAUCCGAUCCAGCUCGCGAUCGCUGCCAGAACCUCGGGUUCACUGGAAAGGGCGUCAAGAUCGGUGUUAUUGACAGCGGCGUCGACUUUCAACCAUCCCGAACUCGGCAACUGCUGGAAGACCUUUGGCUGCAUGUGGCAGUUGGGUUAUGAUCUCGUCGGUGACGACUAUGAUCCGAACGACCCAGUCCCUGUUAUCAAGCCUGGGCCACACCCGAUGGACUGCACGGGCCAUGGAACUCACGUUGCUGGCAUCAUCGCUGGCCAAGGACCUCAAGUGAUUGGUGUUGCUCAAGAUGCCACCAUGGGCAUGUAUCGCGUGUUUGGCUGUCCCAAGAACGGCAAGGGUGUCACAACUUCGGAUGACGUUAUUAUCGCAGCUGCUGAGGCCGCGUACAGAGACGGUGCUGACAUUAUCUCGCUGUCGCUGGGCGGUGUCAGCUGGCCAGAGGGCCCAUCAGCCGUUGUCUGCAGCAAUUUAGCCAAGAAGGGUGUUGUUGUCGUUGCUGCCAAUGGUAAUGACGGUGCAUCUGGGUUGUACACUGCUGGAGCUCCUGCAGUCGGUUCGGGUGUGCUCAGCGUUGGAUCAGUUGACAACUGGAACAACACAGGCGGCGCCGCCGAUAUUAUUACACCGUCGGGAGACAAACGUAUCUCAAUCUCACUCUCGUCCAACGAGAAUAUCCCGUUCGUCUUUAACCCCCCAGCUCCGAUAGCUGCGGCAGUGGACUCUGCCAACAGCAACCUGGGCUGUGCCACGAUCAGCCAGGAUCUGAAGGGCAAGAUUGCGCUUAUCCAGCGCGGCACUUGCACGUUCAACGAGAAGGUGGUCCAUGCCCAGGCUGCGGGUGCUACUGGUGUGGUCAUCUAUAACAAUGUUGCUGGUGCCAUUUCCCCGUCGGUUACCGAUACAACAGUGACAAUUCCUGUUGUUGGUAUCUCGCUGUCAGAUGGCCAGUACAUCGUCUCCGCGCUCGACUGCAGGGGGUGUCUCAGUCAGGGCUCAGAAGGCGAGACCGGUGGCCAAAUGUCCAGCUUCAGCUCGUAUGGGCCGUCAGCGGAGCUCGACAUUGCCCCACGCAUCUCCGCACCAGGUGGCAACAUUUACUCGACGGUGCCAAUCAACAUGGGCCGCUAUGGAUCAAAGUCAGGAACGUCGAUGGCCACGCCGUACACGUCUGGAACCGUCGCGCUGCUGAAGCAGGCGUUCCCCAAAUACAGUGUCGCCGAAAUUCACCGCGUCCUGAUCAACUCGGCCAAACCACGUGCUGACGCCAAGACAGGCAAGAAUAUUCAUCCCGUUCUGGAGCGGCGGUGGUCUGGUCAAUAUCUACGAUGCCAUCACAACCCGUGCACAAGUGUCUCCGCCGACGGAGUGGAGGGAUUUAGCUCCUCGCAGAGUGUCCGCUGGGCCGUCCGCACCAUCGACCUUAAGAAUCUGGACAAGAAGAAGUCGGCACGCGUCUCGUUCUCAAACUCGGUGGCCGACUCCCUCUCCAACUGGAACGCAGAUGGUUCUUUUGCUGUCAAUCCGCGUGUCUGGCCUGCUGAUGCUUCUGGAUCCCAAGGGCCCACGACGCUUCCGCAGGUAUAUGUGCCUGACCUCCAAUACUACGACAUCCUUGAACCUGGAGAGAAGCGCAGUGUGGACGUGUUCAUCAUCGCUCCAUACGGUCUUAAAGAGUCUGACCGCUGGUUCUACGGUGGGUUCCUGAACUUCACCAUGACUUGGUCCGGCGAAAAGAAUACUGCCAAGAGCUUCACUGUCCCGUACACCGGAUUCAACGGAAACUACCGCCAGCUGGAUGUCUUGUCCCAGCCUUCGGAGGGUUUGCCGAUCCUGACUGAUACCAAGGGAAUCCCCAUCGAAGGCACCAAGUUCAGCGUCACUGACACUACCCCUGCUGUAGUGAACUUCCGUCUGGAGGUCCCCUCGCGCAUUGUGAAGGUCACUUUGGUGGACAUGAAGAACACUUCCUUGGGCUAUGUCACUGGUGGCUACCUCGAGUAUGUCCCGCGUAAUCUUCAGGCUGCCGAAACGUAUCUCUACACUGCGCUUGUCACGAAGCGGGUGUUCCAAGGACGAGCUUGGCACGAAGCCUGCUAAUGUGACUUGCUGGCCAAUAUAAAGUGCGGCUUGAUGCUCUGCGCCCGCUAGGCAACCCUACGAGCCAGAAGGACUUCCAGACAUGGAUAUCGCCUGCUUUCACAGUCUCAUAGACGCGUGUCUAGACCCGAUAUCUAGCAAUCGAUCUGUUCAAUAUUCCACCCACACAAGAAUGAUAAGUCACUACAGAUACUUUGCGUACCAUUCUGAGUUAGUUGUUUUGUGCUUAAAUCCAAU